UAUCUGGACGAUUAGGCUGAAAGGACAGUUGAAUUAUGUACAGAUUAGUCACAAAUGCGACAACCAUUUUGACGCAAGGAAGACAUAAAGCAUCGAUGUCCCGAAAGGAAAAGGGCAUUAAACAUCAAAGGACUGGGAGUUUUAAAGAGGCAAGAUACACAAAUGACCUCAUGAAAGUGGCUACUCAGCAGAGUGAAAAGACUAUAAAUAUCUAGGCAAAACUAAACAUUCUGUGCUCCACAUCGAUUGCUAAACAAGGUGCUGUCAGUCUAAUAAACAAAGCUGCAACUCCGGGAUCGUGAGAACAGGACCCAAAAGGAACAAGCAAGCUGCAAGUGAAUCGACAACCAGAUGCGACGAGAUUGAAGCCUGGCUGCACUGCCUUAAAACUUUUUUUUAUCAGACAAACCAGUCUGAGUCCGCUGUACACCUGAAACCACAGUAUCCAAUUGAGACUGGCCUGCUACGUGCGUAGCUAAAGAUUCGGCGAAGAGGACAGAGCGGACGGGUACUGUUGUGGAUGCUAUCAGGACUGAAUACUUUAUUGCAGCUGUUUGUUGAGCCUAUAUUGGGCUUGAAGACUUUGUUGCUGAUAGGAGAGCCUUUUACAUUGGACACUUCAACAAACCAGAAAACCAAAAGUCUAAGCUUCAAGGAAUUGUUGAGUGUAAUUCCAGUUGCAUUUUACUACAUUAAUUAAUUGUAACACAUUCACAUUGAAUUUAACUAUUAAUUAUUUAGUUUGCACACCUUGUGUGUGAAACAACUUAUAGUAAUCUAAUUGUUGUAUGAAGAAUUUAUUUUAAAAGUAAACUUGUGUGUAUGCGAGUGAGCAAUAUUUCACUAGCCUGCUAUAGCUGUUUAGCGCAUUAUGGGAGCUUUACAUUGUGUUUCUAUACGUAGAAACGAAGAACUUUACUUUAUUACUUCUCUGCUUUCUGUGUAGUAUUUGUGUACUUCAUAAAAUACUGCUAUUGAUUAAACAUUGUGUCUAGCGUGUGUAUGUGUGUUAGCAGUAAAUUCUCGUUCUUGUAACAUGUUAAUUAAAUAUUUUUAUAAGAGAACUAAUCAACCUAGAAAAACUCUAAAUUAUUUAAUACAGAAUUGUUCUUACACUGUAGUCAAAAUUAAUUUUAUAAGAGCUAAAAUCCAAGGAUGAUAGAAAUACCAGCACAAGACUAAAUCCCUCCGAGCCAGAGGGGGCAGUGUUUGAUAAUUAAUAUAGGCAGAACUAGUGGUAUCUCUUGACGUCGAUAGAGUUCAAACAAAACCGGGAAGCAUUAAAAAUAACACACGAUGGUGCAAGAAUUUCAUGUUCUCAGGUGUUUUUCCUGUAAAACCUUCCAGGUCCAUCAGGUGAACAAGUGUAAGAAAUGGAAGUGCAAAAUUUGCGAGGAAAAACAAUCUAUAAUAAAGGUUUAUGGACAGGGAUCUGGCGCAGACUGCCGGGGCCAUGUACAGAAACUGAAUAUGAUGCAGGGAGAAGCGACUCAGGCAGCUGAAGUAAACGCCUGUGGACAGGAAGAUGAGUUCCCUGAGGAAAUCCUACCACAAGAUGACUGUUUGAGCAUUAAUAGUCAACGGACUACAGAUGCUGGACCUGGGCUCAGUCGCUGGAGUAAGUUCUUGCAGAAUAGCACUGGAGAGCCAGGAGUAGAAGAGGGGUUGGUGGAUGAAGAGGAGAAUGUGUACACAGACAAGGAUCAGUUUUACACAGAGAAGAGAGUGAUCAAGAGGAGUCAGAGGAAGCAUGAAAAAGGCUGGAACUCUUGUAAUCCAUCCCUCGAAGAGUCUGUUAACUCUGAUCAUUGUGAGUUUGGGACCAGGUGGAAGAAAGCCAGGUAUGGGGAGAACUGGGGCAAAAAAGAUCUGACAUCUUCAAGGAAAAAUGCUGGUCAACCAUUGCCUCCUCCUAAAGCUACUGCUAACGGGAAAACCUCUCUGAGCCUUAAGGAUUCGACCAUUCCAGAGUACUGCCCUAACAACUCUGAGGUGACAGCUUCCAAGUGGGAAAGGUUCCUUUCUUCUACCACAAGAGAAGAGGAGACAGACUUUCCCACUCAAUCAGAGAAGUAUCUACAGCAUUCACAAACCUUCACAACCCCCUUAGCUUUUUGCAGUGCACUAGACGUGCCUUCACAGCUCGAGGGAACAGGAUCCUUGACAUCAGAAGAUAAAGCUUUGCAGAGGAAGAAAUCUAAAUUAACUGCAGGUGGUUUGUUUAACGAGUUUCCCUCAGUUUGCAUACAGCCAACAUCUUCCUUUAUUUCACCCACUGUCUCUACUCAAGCAUUUACAGCCAAUCCCUUGCAGUCUUCAUUCUGCUUACUGUUCCAGACAGAUGAUGACUUUGAUGAGACCUUUUAAUCUUUGAGUUAUAUGUUGAUGGUUUAGUUUGUCUGAGUUAAGUAGUCUGUUCUUCAAUGUUUAAGCAGAACUGAUGUAUAUUUGGUAUUUCCUGUUCAUGUAAAUGUGCCUUCAAAUAAAAGUAUCAAAUUAAGCCCCAAUAAAAUUAAUAAAUGAAUCCAAAUUACAGUCUUGCUUCUGAAGCACUGUUUAUUUGUAGAUAGGAUAGAAACAAAGAUCAGAGUAUUAUAUUGAAAUUUCCAUGUAUAUAGUUAUAACAUGUUAUAAUCGCCUUUGCCCAGUUCAUUUUAAUAGAAGCCAAAA